GGGUGUUGUCCUAGUUCCCUUUAGUAGCCAGGAGCUCGGCCUGGGGGGCCACAGUUCACUCAAGUUGCCAUGGGUGGACGGAAGCUGCAACGUUGGAUGAUACUUUUGUGUCUCCUGUGUGGUGUCGGAGCGCGGAUCCGUUUCAGCAGAAAAAAAAUAUUCAAAGACCUAGAUCUGGGAGAUUUUUUCAAACGUUUCAGGUCUCACAAGGAGGGAUCACACGUUGAUGUUCCAAGCCCCCCCAAUCCACAAGUUGAGGCAACAACAAAUUUUAGGUUCACAUUAGUGGCCCCAGACCUGCUGAGGGCUGACAGCCCGGAAAAUAUCUACCUGCAAGCGGAAGGCAUCAUCAGCCCCGUUGAUGUGGCCAUCACCGUUCUCGACUCCACCAAGACCACCACGAUCUUCACAGACCGGGUCACCCUGGACCAGAGCAACAGCUUCCACACCCUUAAGUCUGUCCAGAUUCCCUCCGGUCCGUUGAAUCGUGACGAGACAAAGAACAAGUAUGUGGUAUUGAUGGUCAAGUUUGGUGAGCACCAUGAGGAGGAAAAGACCGUCAUGGUGUCCUUCCACUCCGGAUACAUCUUCAUCCAGACGGACAAGCCCAUCUACAACCCCGGAGAUGAGGUGCGCUUACGAGCGUAUGUGUCGUCCCUGUCCUUCAAGGCUUUAGACACAUCUCUGACAGUAGACAUACAGAAUCCAGAAGGAGUGGUGGUGAAGCAAGUUUUGAGGACCAAGGCUUCUUCAGGAGUCUUUACAGACUCUUUUUACCUCACAGAAAUGGCUAAUGAAGGCAUGUGGAAGGUGAUUGCCAAGUUUGACCACUGGAAGCAGAACACCUUCACCUCACAGUUUGAGGUGAAGAAAUACGUACUGCCCGCCUUCAAUGUGACCUUGUCACCUAAGAAGUCCUUUCUGAGCCUUGAUGAUAAUGAACUGGAAGUGGAGAUCUGGGCCAGGUAUCUGUACGGGGAGCCGGUUCAGGGGACAGCCUACGUGUCAUUUGGGGUGAACGUCAACAAGGAGAUGAGAAGGUUGCCUUCAGUGAAACAGGUCUCAAAUCUGGAGGGUGGAAUUGUCAAGUUGAGUCUGGACGAAUUGAAAGCAGCAUACCCCAAUGUCAGAACUUUGGUGGGAAACUCAGUCUACGUCAAAGCAUCUGUCCUCACCAAGACAGGAGGUGAUCUGGUAGAAGCAGAGAAGACAGGCAUCAAUAUUGUGGACUCUCCCUAUGUCCUGUCAUUUAAAGACUUAGUCAAGUACUUCAAACCGGGACUACCCUUUGACUUUACUAUUCAAGUGAGUCACCACGAUGGUUCCCCGGCUCGUAAUGUCCCAGUGAAGGUGAACCUUCUGCAGGAUCCUGUGAUGGUCAGCUCGGGCACAACCAGGAUCACAGUGAACAUGCCUAAAAGUCACCUCCAGGCCCUUGCCGCCGAGACACAACAGCCAGGCCUUAGACCGGAGCAGCAGGCGAAAGACCAAACAUUCCUGUUUCCGUACCUCACCUUCUCCAGAGAAAGCCCCAACUACCUGUACAUCUCCACCACCACCAACACAGCAUCUCCAGGAGACACGCUGGCCCUUAAACUCAACAUCGCCGCCGCAGACCAGAGCAUCAGAGAGGGCAUCAGACAUAUCACCUACCUGGUGGUCAACAAAGGCCGGAUCGUACAAGCUCAGCGACUGGACGUGAGCGGUCAGCUGGAGACCAGCGUGAGUCUGACGGUCACGCCCGACUUGAUGCCGUCCUUCCGCUUUGUGGCGUUCUACAGUCUCCCUGAAAAGGAGGUGGUGGCCGAUUCCAUCCGGGUGGACGUGGCCCCGUCCUGCGUUGGCGAUCUGAGUGUGGGCCCAGUAGGCCGCAAGCCGUCGCAAUACACGCCGGGAAAGAGCCUCAGGUUCCAAGUCCGAGGUGACCCGGGGGCCUUCGUCAGCCUGGUGGCCGUCGACAACUCUGUCUAUCUGCUCAAGAAGGACAGACUCACGCAGAGGAAGAUGUGGGAAACGGUGGAGCACGGCGAUCUGGGCUGCACGCGCGGGGGAGGGAUCAAUGCCAAGAGGCUCUUUCAGGACGCCGGCCUGCUCUACGCUUCCAACGCCGGAUUCACAACCGACCCCAGGAAAGCCCUGAACUGUCCAGUCAGCAGCAGAAGGAGGCGCUCUGCUGAACUCUUACAGCGAAAAGCUCAGCUAGAGAGUCACUACAAGGAGAAGCUGGAGCAGCGCUGUUGCAAAGACGGUCUCCGGGCCGUGCGCAUGCCAUACUCGUGCACCCGGCGCUCGCUCUACAUCACCGAGGGCUGGGAUUGCAUCCGGGCUUUCCGCUACUGUUGCGCCACCUACAGAAACGAACUUCUGGACACGGAGAUGCCCACCACCACUCCGCUGCUCACCACCUACUCCCAACCCAUACGCCUCGCCGGACGGCUGCACCUUAGUAGAGAAAUGUUUAAUUGGGGAGGACGUAGGACCAACACUCCUACAUACACCGAUGCCCACAAGGUCUUGCAGAGCAGUGUUUACACAGCGGCACGCACCAUGGAGCGUGAGGAAGUGCGCCCGGAACCCGAGGCAGACGCUGAACGCGAACAAGUAGACGACUACGAGGAGGAGGAAGAAGAACGGUACCUGGACGAGAACGACUUGUAUCUGCGCUUUAGGUUCUUCGAGUCCUGGCUUUGGACCGACCUCAGGCUGCCCAAUGAGGCUGACAGAGACGGGCUGGCGUCCAGCGAGGUGAGCCAUCCCCUGCCCGACAGCAUCACGGAGUGGGGCAUCCUUGCCGUCAGCGCCUCGCCGAACACCGGUUUCUGCGUGGCCGAGCCAUACAACAUCAAGGCGUGGAAGCCCUUCUUCGUGGACCUGAAGCUUCCGUACUCUGUGGCCAGGAAUGAGCAGGUGGAGAUUAAGGCUGUCAUCCACAACUACGCUCAAGACGACCUGCACGUCCGUGUUGUGCUGAUGAAGACAGACGACAUGUGCAGCGUGGCCUUCCGUGACCGCCACACCCAGGAAGUCACCCUGCCGGCGGGCACGUCCAAGGCAGUGCCCUACACCAUCAUGCCCCUGGCGGUGGGGCAGCUCCCCAUCGAGGUGAUGGUGGUGGCCCGAGAUAUGCUGGACGGAGACCGCGUCCAGAAACUCCUGCGGGUGGUGAUGGAUGGUGUCCAAAAGACCAAAGUGUGGAGCACUAUCUUGAACCCAAGAGCCGAAGGAGGUAAGCAGAGCGUCCGUGUAGGCAAGGUGGAACUGGAGGGGGUGGUGCCAAACUCGACGCCAGAAACAUUUAUCAACGUUCGAGGGAACGUGUUGGCCGACAGCAUCGAUAACUCUAUCACCGACGACUCGCUGGCUUCUCUGAUCCGCAUGCCGGGCGGCUGCGUCGAGCAGAACCUUGCCAGCAUCACCUUGCCGCUCAUCGCCACCAUCUACCUGGAGAGGACGAAUGACUGGGAGGCUGUGGGAGUGGAGCGCAAGGCCGACGCGCUGAAAUACAUCAAGAGAGGCUAUCAGAACCAGCUGGCCUACAAGAAAAGUGACGGCUCUUACCCCCCCUACAGGAGGGAGGGCGCAAGCACCUGGAUCACGGCGUACGUGGUUAAGGUGUUCUCCAUGGCUCACUCGGUCAUCGGCGUGGACAUGCAGCAGGUGUGCGACCCCCUCGCUUUCCUUGUGCGCAACAAGCUCAAACUCCCCAUCGGACACUUUGUGGAAGACAACCCGGUCUACAGUACCACCAUGACUGGCGGCCUGCGGGGCAACGACCCCAAGAUCACGCUGACGGCGUUCGUCCUCAUCGCCCUGGCGGAGGCCGAGCAGGCGGGGAUACAUUGCAGCCAGGAAAACCUGGAGGAGGCGAUCGGUAAAACAGCAGAGUUCCUGGAGAAGGCGCUGGCGACGUCGGGCAGGAGGCCCUACACGGUGGCCAUCGCCUCCUACGCGCUAGCCUUGGCGGGAAAAGGCUCCAGCGCCUACGACCCCACAGGACAGCUCCUUGCAGCAUCUCCGGAUGGGAGCCACUGGCCAGACGCUCACAACCAUUUGUUCUCGCUGGAGGCAACCGGUUACGCCAUACUGGCUCUCGUCAGGGUGGGUCGCAUGCAGGAGGCCGGGAAAGCCUUCCAGUGGAUCAACGGCCAGCGCAAGAUGGGGGGAGGUUACGGCUCAACUCAGUCCACCAUGGUGGUGCUGCAGGCACUGUCUGAAUACCUGAUGAAGACUCGGGUUGCCAGCGAGCUCUCCCUGGACGUUGACGUCAAGAUAACGGGCCGACGCGACAUCCGAUACCAUUUUAAUGCCAAGACAGCAUACACUGCAAAAUCUUCACGGCUUCCAGCUAAUCUGGACCUGACCGUGGAGGCCACAGGCAAUGGGCAAGGAAUACUCGAGGUGGUGACAUAUUACAACCAGCUACAUGAAGUCGACGAAAAGACCCCCUGCCAGCACUUUGAGCUCAGUGUAGAUGUCGAGGAUUCCAGCGAAAAGCCUCCCGCAGAUGUGGAAAAGUCCUACCUGAUGACCAUCAAAGUCAGAGCGUUAGGAUCCAGCGACGUCAGGAUGGUGGUGCUGGAUAUCAAUCUGCCCACGGGCUUUACCCCGGAAAACUCGGACCUGGAGAUGCUGUCCAAUUCAGUGGACCGCUACAUCAACAACUUCAAGAUGGUGGACAACCUCAGCGAGAGGGGCUCCCUCAUCAUCCACUUGUUCAAGGUGUCGCACAAGGAACCUGAAAUCCUGAUCUUCAGACUUCAGCAGAACUUCAAAGUGGGCCUCCUGCAGCCCUCCUCAGUCACCGUGUAUGAGUACUACAACCCAGACCACCGCUGCAGUAAGACGUACACACCCCGUCAAGAUCAGGGGGAUCUGACGCACAUCUGCAAGGAAAACAUCUGCCGCUGCGCACAGGGCGACUGCUGCGUGGCCAAAGCGGACAGCGACAGCUUUGCUGCCAAGGAGCGAGAGACCUUUGCCUGCAAGUCUCUGCACCACGUGUUCCAGGUGAAAGUUCUCAGCAUCCAACAGAGUUACUACGACAAGUACGAGAUGGAGAUCACGCGGGUCAUCAAACUGGGUGUGGAGGCAGGAGUGGAAGUGGGUCAGACCAGGGUGUUCGUGUCCCACGGGGGGUGCAGAGAGGGGCUGAACUUGAAGGUGGGCUCCCUUUAUCUCAUCAUUGGCCCCAAGGAGGACCAGUGGGAUGUUGACGCCGACAACAACAGGUUCGUGUACACGUUGGGGGCGGGCACGUGGGUGGAGCGCUGGCCGUCGCCCGACGACUGCGCCGCCGCUCUCCUGCAGGACAAAUGCGCCAAGUUGAAGGCCGCCGCCACAGAACUCUCGCUCAAUGGCUGCCGCUUGUGAGACGCUUUCUGUUCUGUAUGAGCAUACGUCAGUUGGACUUUUGGUCUCUUCCCUUGUUUGGAAGUGAGGGUUUUUUUUUUUUCAAAACAGGAAGUACAUAAU